UAAAACUAGUAGCUCAAAUGGAUUUGUAUUGAUUUUUUUUUCCUUUCAAAUUUUGUAUAGGAUGAAUUACAUACACUCACCUUCAUCCUCGUAAAAUCCUCUCACUCUCGCCAUUCAAAGUCGUCACCUCCCACUCACGGCUCACCUGCACGUAUCCACAUUGACCGUCAUCACUCCUCUUCGCCAUCGCUUGCACUGAUUGAAGCUGUGCCGCCCUCACCAUCAUCGCUGUGCAGCCCUCACCAUCGUUGCUGCGCCGCUCUCACCAUCGUCAUCUCCGUGCUUCUCAUCAUCGUCUUCGCUGUGCUCACAUCAUUGAAUAGUUUGAACGGUUUCUUGGUUAGCCAGAAACAGAACUGGUGUGAAAAAUGUAAAGAAUGAAAGAAGACAAGGAGUAGAGAAGUAGAAGACGAAGAAGAAAUGUGAGCUGAAUGAGCUAUAACAUUUGCACUCAUUGACUCCAUUGACGCCACCGCAGCAAGUAAUCCGUUGUAGCAGUUGAAUCAAAGUAUUUUCUGGAAAGUUUUCUCUGCUUUCAUCAUAAUUCAUAGCUGUGGGUUUAGUGUUGGUCUUUGAUUGUUGGAGCAUUUUGAGGACUUGCUCAUUGAAGAAGCAAAUUGAUGCUGAAGCUCAUGCUGUUCAUGUUUGACUUGCAGAGCUUAGUUUGGUUGCUUCCUUCAAAAGGAAAGGGAGAUUUAAUAACAUGUUCUAAGCAAAAGAAUUCAGAGUUAUUUCACGCGGUUCUUGGAGGCUUAGGACAAUUUGGAGUUAUAACAAGAGCAAGAAUUUCUCUUCACCCAGCACCCACAAAGGAUGAAUUCCAAAACCGCCAAGCUGCUGGUGAAACAGAUGAGGAAGCUUUUGAGUCUUUAUUUGGAAAAGAACAACCAGGUCGGGUUAGGUGCUAUGGAAGAUCUGUUACACGAAGUGACUUAAAAAAGUAUGCAGAAAUUUCUGAACUCAAGCAACAACACCAAGAGGAAGUCACAUCUUUGAAGGCUGAACUUGGAGACAUGAAAGCCAAACAGCAGCACCAAGAGGCUGACCUUCAUGGAUUGCGAAACAUGAUUAAGUUACUAGUUCAGCGAUCUGAACCUGGAAUGAGGCCGGAAGAAAUUGAAGCUUUGUUACAAGAUGCCCAACACUCUCCAAUUGAUGCAAAUAGCGCUCAUGGAUCAACACAUAUUCCAAACAUAAAUAUGGAUAAUUCUGAAGAUGCGAGUGAAGAUUGAGAUGCUGAUCAUGAUGGUUUAGUGACAAAGAUGGAAAUUGAAAGAUGUAUGGUUGAUGAUGAUAUCUUUUAUCAGAAGCUAAGAUACAUUUAUAUGAUAUAAUGUUUUGGUUUUUCCUAGUUUAUUAGCAGUAAACUCUAAGUGUAUUAUAUGAGUAUACUUAUUCUAGUUUGAGAUGUAUGAAUACUCAAAAUUAUGAUCA